GAGAGCUGCACCAAACCGAUCCCACCAGCACUUACCGGCUACAUGUGGGGGGAGAAACCUGCAGAGUGAAACCAAGCAGAGGACGCAAACUGAACGCAGCGUUACUUUUCAGCGCACGGAGGAACUGCGCUGCUUUCUUCUUGUUCUGUCUCCAAACGGAGCGGUUCAUUGCGCGUAAACUAGUGAAAGUUGGAUUCCUGAGUGGAAAUGUGUAAGUCUGGACAGUGAGGACUGGUGCUGUGUCCACCUCGAGGAAUAACGUUACCUUCUCGGCGUGUACGAGCGCAGGUUGCGGAUAAAUUGGAUAAUUCAAAGGGAGAAAACUAGUGAAACUUUGCCGUGACGAGGAGCGAAGCUGCGUCCUGAGGAGUUGGACUCAGUUUAAGACGUCUCACCAUCGAGUGCCAUCCUGUCCGGCCAUCAAACCUGGCAACCCCACUUCCUGUGAAAAGUCAAAUGUCCGUUCUGUUGUAAGCAAACCGCAGUGAAUCAGGUUGCAUCAGGAAAGAUGUGUUUUUAAACCAAAGCUGCCGGGAGAUCAGGAGGUAACAUGCCUCUGUAGAAGACCACUGGAAACAAAUGCUCUGCUGCCAUGCCUCCGGGGAUGGUACGUCGUCUUUCAGUGCUAGCAGUCCACGCACUGCUGUCCCUCCUGCUGCUAGCCAUCGGCUGGCCCUUCACUUCACUACCCAGUGUUGUGGCCCAAGCAUCAGACUCUUCCCACUCUGAUCUUUAUCCCACCUUUAUCCGGAAUGACACUCUAUUCGAGCACCUGGCCCUGCAUCCUGACCCCAGCGUGGGUCGGGUCUACGUUGGAGCCCGGGAUCACCUGUUCCAGUUAGAUCGAUUUCUCCAACCUGAACUCCAGGAUGACACCGGACCGGUCACAGACAGCCGGGAGUGUUUGCCUCCUGUAACCGAGAGCAACUGCCCUCAGGCGAGAGAAACCAGCAACCAUAACAAGCUGCUGCUGGUUGAUCCUUACUCUAUGGAACUUAUUACCUGUGGGAGCGUCAACCAGGGAAUAUGCCAGAAACGUAGUCUGGAUUCUGUGGAUAUGGUACUUUUCUCCACGGAGAGGCCGGUGGAUACUCAAUAUGUAGCAGCUAACCACCCCAAUGUUAGUACUGUCGGACUCGUGGUUCGCUCUCAUCCUGACAGGCAGCCGGUGCUGUUUGUGGGUCGGGGUUACACCAGCAGCCAUCCACCUAUUUCCACACGAAACCUCGCCCAGGAUCCUGUCUUUUCUUACGAAGAGACUGCCAAGUUGGCCGUGGCUGGCCGCCUCUCAGAGUACGACCAUCAUUUUGUGGCCUCGUUUGCUCACCGUCACCAUGUUUACUUCCUCUUCUACAGACGGGACCUAAAGUCACAGUCGCGCGAGUACCGAACCUACAUAUCUCGCGUGUGUUUGGACGACCAGGCCUAUUACUCCUACGUGGAAGUACCUUUGACGUGUCGAUCCAGGGCAGGUAAAAUUUACAACCUUCUGCAAGCUGUCCAACUGGGAUUGUCCAAGGAUGGUGGAGAGAGCCAAGGUUCAGAGUCUUUACUUGGUGUCUUCUCUACUCGUUUGGCUUCAUCUACUCGGCCCAGCGAAGACUCGGCUCUUUGCCAGUUUAACCUCGAAGAUGUGGACCGAAGGAUCAACUCCACCAGAGACCUGUGCUACACACAGAUGGGCAAAGAAGCUGGUUUGGAGGCGGCCUACAUCGAGUACGAAGUCAAAUCCAACUGUGCCAACCUGCCAGAGAACACCCUGGACGCCUACCCCUGCGGCUCUGACCACACCCCCAGCCCAAUGGCCAGUCGCAUCGCCGUGGAGGUUGAGACUAUAUUGGACAGCCCGUCCGCCCGUCUCACCGCCGUGGCCGUCAGUGUGAGGGCGGGACAUACCAUCGCCUUCCUGGGAGACUCCAGAGGGAACCUGCACAAGGUGUUCUUGGGUCCAAACGGUGAGGUGGAGGAGUACUCUGUGAUCCCUGUACAGGUGAACACAGCCAUCAGCUCAGACCUGAUCCUGGACCAGAAAGAGGAGCAUCUCUUCAUCAUGACCAAAAACAUGCUGCAGAAGAGGCCGGUGGCUGAAUGCCAGCAGCACACCGACUGUCACUCCUGUCUGCUGGCCCACGACCCCUACUGUGGCUGGUGUGUCCUGGAGGGAAGGUGUGUGUUGAAGUCACAGUGCAGUCGUGGGAACCAGCCUGGUCAGUGGCUGUGGAGCUUCGACAUGGAGCAACAGUGUUUGACCGUCCAGGACCUCAGCCCCUCCAACGUCAGCAGGGAGGAGAGCAGGAUGGUUUCUCUGUCCAUCCCAGGACUUCCAGUGUUAGAAAAAGGUGAAUCCUACUCCUGCGUCUUUGAGGACAGCCACAGUCCGGCCACCGUCACUGAAACUGGAGUCACCUGUCAUUCUCCCGACACCAGCCGAGUUCCCAUGGUGCCUCCAGGACAGGAUUUUGUCACGGUCACCUUGUCUCUUCGUUUUGGCGACGUCACGGUCACAGGGAGGGGUUUCACCUUCUACGACUGCACGGCUGUUAAGCAGCUCUCUGGCAGCAUGCCCUGCCGUGGUUGUGUUUUGAGCCGAUGGGGCUGCAACUGGUGCGUCCACCAGCACUCGUGUACCCACAAACCCACCUGUGACGAGGGAGUCAUCAUCUACAACCAGCAUUUUAAACUCCCCACCUCACCUCCUCCCACCACCAAAACUAUUAAAGUCGUCACAGCAGCCGCUACCACAACGGCUGCCCCGACAACCACCACCACGACAACCACCACAACUUCUCUUCCCACCACCACAACAACAACAACUAUUGCCACUACGACUACCACCGCGGCCCCUGUAACUAUAGCAACCACUCAGGAGCCCACCACCCCUCCAGCACCCACCACUCCACUCAUAACCACCACCAGCCCCGAGCCGACCACCCUGCCCACCACCCUGCCGCCCAGCACCCUGCCGCCCAGCACCGCAGCGCCCACCACCCCUCCACCUCCAGAGGUCAUCACCAGGAAGGGAGAAGAGACGGAAACGGGCGAGCUCGUCAUCACCCAAAGUCACUCUGGAGAUGCUGCGGUUACGACCAGCGUCGCCGUGGGAGCGGCGGAGUUGAUGCCCGUCACCGUGGCAGACGGUCUGAGCGGAGAUGUGGACACCGUGGUGCCUCUGAUGAUCCCGGACUCCUCACCUCCGGAGGUGCUGACCGAGUCGACACCCAACGUCUCCCAGGAAGCCGAGGGAGUGGUGAGUCUGGCGGAGCCCCCCAGCCUCGGCUCCUCCGGCUUCCCCCUGCCCACACCCUUCCCUGUGGACGCACCGGCCGGCUCUGAGCCCCACCUUCACUCGGAUGUGACUCCGACACUGCUCCCCCCUCAAGACUCCCAAACCGAGGCAGGAAGCCCCGACGCCAACCCCGAGGUGAUCCUCUGGCCGGAAGAAGCCGACGUCCCCGCCGAGGGUCCCGUCCAGUCAGAAAAUGACACGGCAACAUUUUCAGCCGCCACCGUGCUCUCAGGUGACGGUGAGGUCAACCACGCACCCCCGUCCUACCCCCGCCUGCUGGAUACCGACUCAGAGCUGGACUACCAGUAUGAUUCAGCCGAUGCCUUCCUCCCGGGAGAUGAAGGCUCCUACGUCAGCUGGGGCUCCUCAGCUUGUCCCUGUGUGGAGAAGGUCCAGGGUUCAUCGCUGCUGCCUGUCAGGGUGGAGAGGAAGAUCACUUUACUGGCUCGCAACCUGCAUUUAUAUCAGGACGCAGAGCUGGACUACGAGUGUGUGUUGGUGAUCGAAGGCCAAACAGUGGUGGUGGACGCCUACGUGGAGACUGAUGAUAUAAAUCCAUCAAACUUUGACAUCACGUGUCAACUACACAAGUACUCAUACUCUGCUCUAGUGGAGGAAUAUAACGCCAUGGUGUAUGUGAAGAGGAGGGACACCUUCCAUGUGGACAGUUCUCCUGAUCUCUAUGUGACUCUGUACAACUGCUCUGUGGGUCGAUCCGACUGCAGCCGCUGCCACACGGCCGACCAGAAGUACAGUUGUGUUUGGUGUGGAGGUCCUCAGGCCAGCUGCUUGUAUUCAGACUCCUGCAGUGAACCCGUGCAGCAGACAUGCCCGGCCCCCGUCAUACACUCAAUUGAGCCGCUCUCCGGCCUGUUGGAAGGAGGCACCACGGUGACCAUCUCAGGCUCUAAUCUGGGCCAGAAGGCUGAAGACAUCCUCCACUCUGUGUUGGUAGCUGGGGUUCCCUGCACGGUUAUUCCCAGCAUGUACGAGGUCUCCUCCAGGAUCGUGUGCAGGACUAAAGCCAGCGGAGGAGAGAAGACGGGCCACGUGUCUGUGGAAGUCAGCGGAGGAGAGUUUGGUUUUUCCAGCCAGACAUUCAGCUACCAGGACCCAUUUGUGAUGGGGGUGUCACCUGAAAGAGGCCCCAAAGCUGGAGGAACAACUCUGACCAUCACCGGCCGAAACCUGCUGACGGGUCGGCCGUCUGACCUCACUGUGACUGUAGGAGGGAUUCCCUGCAACAUAGUAUCAGAGGUGCAGAGCUCCAGUGUUCAGUGUGUGACGGGCAGCAGUAAUAAAACAGGAGAUCAUCGAGUCACGCUGCAUUACGGCGGCAGCCAGCGUCACCUCAACCUCCAUGGUUACCGCUACACCCACAACCCCAACAUCACACAUGCCACACCGGCCAAGAGCUUCCUGGAUGGCGGUAGAUUGAUCUAUGUGAGGGGCCACAACCUGGACGUGGUGCAGGAGCCUCGGAUGGUGGUGACCGUCGCUCCCUUCGAGACCAUCACUCAGAACAAGAGGAAGAAACGAAGGACGAGGAAGAGGAGGAGUGCAGAAGAGAGGAAGGAGAGGGAGAAAACCAAGGGAAGGAUUGUGUCUGACGGGGCCUGUUCUGGAGACCCUCUCUGCUCCAUCAAACAGUUCACGGAGCGCUGCCAGGUGAACUCCUCCUCCCUGAUUCUGUGCCGCUCCCCGAUGGUGGACUUGUCCGUCUGGGGGUCCAAGGUCACCGUAGAGUUUCUGCUGGAUAACCUGCGAUUUAAUUUCAACCGUCUGAGCCCUCAGCCCUUCAGCUACGAGCCCAACCCCAUCCUGACGCCCCUGAACCAGCAGGACCCUCUGAAGGCCUACCGCUACAACCCCGGCAGCUUCAUCCAGCUGGAGGGAGAAAACCUGGACUUGGCCAUCACUAAGGAUGAGGUGGUAGUGUUGGUCGGGGAGGGUGUUUGUGCUGUGAAGACCCUGACCAGAAACCAUCUCUACUGUGAGCCGCCGCCUCAGCAACCUGCACCGGGACCCAACGGCAAGAAACGCGAGGGUUCCGACAACCUGCCUGAAUUCACCGUCCAAAUGGGCAACCUGAACUUCUCUCUCGGCAAGGUGCAGUACGACAACCUCAGCCUGUCCACCUUCCCUGUGGAGGCUCAGAUUGGAGUUGGAGUCGGGGCCUCCAUAGUGGCCCUCAUCGUCCUGAUCAUCGUGCUCAUCUACAGGAGAAAGAGUAAGCAGGCUCUCCGGGACUACAAGAAGGUUCAGAUCCAGCUGGAGAACCUGGAGACCAGCGUGAGAGACCGAUGCAAGAAGGAGUUUACAGACCUGAUGACUGAGAUGAUGGACAUGUCCAGCGACCUGGUGGGCUCAGGGAUCCCCUUCCUCGACUACCGAAUGUACGCCGAACGCAUUUUCUUCCCCGGCCACCGGGAGUCUCCACUGAGGCGAGACCUGGACGUUCAGGAGUGUCGGCGGCAGACGGUGGAGCAGGGCCUGGUGCAGCUGUCCAACCUGCUCAACAGCAAACUCUUCCUCACUAAGUUCAUUCACACUCUGGAGAGCCAGCGAACGUUCUCUCCCAGAGACCGAGCCUACGUGGCCUCGCUGCUGACGGUGGCCCUCCAUGGGAAACUGGAGUAUUUCACCGACAUCCUCAAGACUCUUCUGAACGACCUGGUGGAGCAGUACGUGGCCAAGAACCCCAAACUGAUGCUGCGAAGAACGGAGACGGUGGUGGAGAAGCUGCUGACCAACUGGAUGUCCAUCUGCCUCUAUGCUUUCCUCAGGGACUCAGCAGGAGAGUCUCUGUACAUGCUGUUCAGGGCAAUAAAGCACCAGGUAGAUAAAGGACCAGUGGACGCUGUGACUGGGAAGGCCAAGUACACCCUCAAUGACAACCGCCUGCUGCGUGAGGACGUCGAGUACAAGACCCUGACGCUGAAUGUCCUGGUUCAGGGUGGAGGAGUGAAUGAGAGCCAGCCGCUGCCCUCCAAAGUGCUGGACUGCGACACCAUCACACAGGUGAAAGAGAAGCUGCUGGAUCAGGUGUACAAGGGCACCUCCUUCUCCCACCGACCCCACGCCGACUCACUGGACCUGGAGUGGAGGUCUGGUGUUGCCGGUCAUCUCAUCCUCUCCGACGAGGACUUGACCUCCGUGGUUCAGGGCAACUGGAAACGCCUCAACACACUGCAGCAUUACAAGGUCCCAGACGGUGCAACAGUAGCUCUGGUCCCCCGACACACGAAACACAUUCAUCAUGACAACCACGACUACGUAGCAGGAGAGAAGACUCCGAUGCUGGAGGAUGCAGAUGAAGGUGGAGUGAGAUUGUGGCAUCUGGUGAAGGCCAGCGAGGAGCCUGAGCUGCCCAAACACCGCCGAGGUAGCCUGAGAGAGCGAGAGAGGGCCAAGGCCAUCCCCGAGAUCUACCUGACCCGCCUGCUGUCCAUGAAGGGGACGCUGCAGAAGUUUGUAGACGAUCUGUUCACAGUGAUCCUCAGCACCAGUCGUCCCGUCCCGCUGGCUGUCAAAUACUUCUUUGACCUGCUGGACGACCAGGCGGGACAUCAUGGCAUCUCUGACCCGGAAACAAUCCACAUCUGGAAGACCAACAGCCUCCCGUUGCGUUUCUGGAUCAACAUUGUGAAGAAUCCUCAGUUUAUCUUUGACGUUCAGGCGUCGGACCACGUGGAUGCUGUACUCUCCGUCAUCGCACAGACCUUCAUGGACUCCUGCACCAUCGCAGAGCACAAACUGGGGCGGGAUUCUCCCAUCAACAAGCUGCUGUACGCCAGAGACAUCCCCCGCUACAAACAGAUGGUGGAAAGGUACUAUGCUGACAUCAGGCAGACUAUCUCAGCCAGUGACCAGGAGAUGAACUCUGCUCUGGCUGAGCUGUCCAGGAACUACUCCGGAGAGCUCAACUACCUGGUGGCGCUGCACGAACUCUACAAGUACAUCAACAAAUACUACGACCAGAUCAUCACGGCGCUGGAGGAGGACACCACGGCACAGAAGAUGCAGCUCGGCUACAGACUGCAGCAGAUCGCCGCCGCUGUGGAGAAUAAAGUCACCGACUUGUGACAGAGGAAACGACUACCAGUGUUACUGCAGACGACACAGCGUGGGAGACGAAUAAGAGAGAGAGACAGGCGCCCUGGUGGUUGAACUUUACCGACUGAUGGGGAAACAGACUCUUCUUUUUGAGGAGGAACGGUGGAAAUUAGGAUUUUUUUAUUUUUUUUUUAAAGCGAAGGAUCAGAAGAUUCACAUUGAUGUUGAAGUUCACAUCCAAGCACCUUUUUGUUUCUGGUGUUUGCUGAUGGAUACUGAGGCCUUGAGCUCGCUGUAGAAUCAGGACGGCAGACGGACGCUGAACCAGCCUGGAGCAGGAAACGGUGGAUGUUUAAAAGAUGCCAGUCAGGUUUGCUGUCAAAUUGUUAACUUUAUGAAGAGACAUUUGAAGUGUUUUCACUCCAGAACAACUACUGGAGUCCCGCUGAUCCACUUCCAGCUGAUCUAAUCUGAGGACUGAUUAAAUGGGCAUUUUAUGUCGCCGUUUUCCCUCUGGAGUCAGUUUUAUGAAACUGUACCUCUUACGCCUUGUGUGCUUGUCGCUGCUGUACGUUCUGAAGUCAUUUCUUUGUGUGUGUGGAUGGUGAUUUGUGUGUGUUUGUGCAGUUCUACACUUUGCCCUGGCUGUCAGUCUACAUCCUGUAUUGUCACGUUUCUGGUUUCUACAGUCUUGAAGUAACUGGGUAUUAUAUUUCAGAUCCAAGAGUGAGCAGUAUUUGAAAAGCUCAACUUGAAGAUAAUUUUUUCACAUUCAAGAAAACUUGGUCACAACUUCCUUUAAAGCAAAUAUUAAAAAGUUGUAUUAAGUCACUGCCACUCUCUACCUCAGCCUACUGUGCUGCAUCGACUGCUCUUUUUUUCUGUAUUGUUGUUGACCCAAUAAACACACCAUAUGAUUCUUUUCAACCAGCUGCAUCUACCAGUACAGCAGCGGCGCACAGAUCUGCCCUCACAUACCUGCUUUCCAAGCUGUAAACACACAUUUCAGACAUUUCUAGUUCGUUUAUUUUCUGUGUGAGUUAAUAGAGGCGAAAACCUGCUAUUUGGAGCAUUUUAAGGUACUUAAACCCCGACUGAGUUUACUGUUUCUUGCUUUUAUACAUAUUCAUGUGGAUGUGUCUAUAGUGUACAAGUCACUGGAAAGUCAAUAGAGAAUAAAAACAAAACUCAUGUUAAUGAAGUGCAGUUCUAGUGGGCACCACAGUGUUUUAUUGUGUGUUUCUGUUUUGUACAUGUUUUAACAUUCCUUUUAGGUUUGUGAUGAAUCCUGGUUCACCUUGUCAAACUCCAAGCUGAGGCUGAGGUACAUGUUGUUGGUGCACAGUCCCUGUACUGAACACAGGGUGGCACUGUUUCCUGUCAUAAAGUUGUCCAGCUUUUAUUGCUUUAAGUUAAUUCUGCUACUGGUUCAGGAGAGGUAGUUGAUCCUUUGACACAGUUCGAAGACUUUUCAAACAUGGCCUAAUGUUUGCUUCUGUAUUUCUUAAUGAAGGUGGCUUUGACAUUUGUUGAUGCUGAUCUCUGGUACCCUUUGAAAAGUGUUUAUUAAAAGCACUUUAUCUAGGUUGAGGUUAGAUAUCUGUCCAAAUCCAUGUGUAAACCUGGACACGGCACCCGGACCAGUGUGAAACCAUAGUUCUAGUACAGCUUAUAUACACAUUUAUCAAAUAACAUCCAAUCUGCUGUUGUUAAAUGCUGUUUUAUUCUUUAAAUCACAAUAUCUGUGAGGAGACUAGAUGCCAACUUCACUACUCAACUUCAUCAGUACGCCAGUCAACACUGCAGGCAAUAAGUCUCCUCUUAAAAAGUAAUGAGACUUGAUUUGCAGUCCUUUUCAUCAGUGACCAAAACAGAUGAGGAUUUGUGUCCAUCUGAAGAUUGUUUGAGUCCGAAGUGUGUCAGAAUGUAGCUCGUAGGUUUGUCACUACAUUACUUAACACAGCAAACUAAUGACUCAUGAACAGAUGGUUUGUUCAUCUGAGGGGUGGGGAGGAAGCUCAGCAAUGAUCGAGACGAACCGUCUGAGGGAAAAGCUGUAACUGUCGUUAGGCUGUAUAAAUUUGGUGAUGUAGAGCAGGCUCUGCAAGGAGCGGCUUUAGGGAUGUUUCAUAUUUUGUGUGUUAAUAUCAUUGUACAUACUGAUUCCAAAUGUAACUGUAGUGAUUUAACCUGUUUAUUAAGAGAAGUUGCAAAUUCUCACAGAUGUAAUAAAGUAUUCUUAAAAUUA